AUGCAAAUCAAAGGAGAGAUGAAGAAAUGUCGAUUAGUCAAACCCCACCUUGCUCACCUAAAUCCCUCACCGAUAUCUCCCAAGAUUCAUCAAUUACAUCCUCAAAGAACAGCGUCUCCUCUUCACCCUAAUCGGAAUCUUGAUCGGUUCCGCCUUCGUCAUCCUCAGACCAUCGUUUACCACCAUCCGAUACUGUGCUUUCCGGCAAAACCAGAAGGAGAUGAGAGGGGAACGAGAGUGGUAGCUGCUUCCUCCGGUGAGCUUCUCAUCUCGUCAGCUGAUAGCAUCGCGAACAGUAGCAGCGGGCACGGGGGUGCUGGCGGAGCUGUGGUUGCCGGUGUUCCUAGGUGUCGCCGAUGGUGA